GUGUGUGUGUGUCUGUCUGUCUGUGUUUAUCCCUGCAUCACCUGUGUCACUGAGCGUGUCGCCUUCUGCUCCUGCUCUCACGGCCACAGGGGCGGAAGCAGAGGACCAGGCUUCGGGAAGGAGAGGUCGGGGACGGAGUCUGACGGAAGCUUCCCCUGAGGGGAGGAAGCUGAGGAAGAAUGGCCAGCUCUAACUCUCAAGACAUAGUCUGUGGUUCAGUGACAUUUAGGGAUGUGGCUGUUGACUUCUCUCAGGAGGAGUGGGCCUGCCUGGAUGCUCCUCAGAGGGUCUUAUACAGGGACAUGAUGUUGGAGAUCUACAGCCACCUCGUCACAGUGGUGGGAAGUUCGAUUUGCAAACCAGAUCUGAUCACCUUAUUGGAGCAGGAGAGAGAGCCCUGGAUGGUUGUGAAGGAAGAGACAGACAGGCCGAGCCCAGAUUUGGAGAUAGAUUAUGAUGUUGAAAAUAUAGCUCCAGAAAAUCAUAUUUAUAAUAGAAAUUUACCCAAACAGAGCCUAAAACUAUUAAGUAAAACUUAUGACCUCCAGGGCUCUAGUUUUAGUAAUUCCUCCAACUGUGAUUCCUUCAAGGGACUACAGGGUAAUGAAGAAGGAGCUGCUGAUCCAAAGAUAUGUUACAAGGAACAAAUGCCUAUUCACACCUUCCAGACUCUUCCUACCAAUAUAGAAAAAGCGUACGAAUGUAAUAAAUGUGGGAGGUACUUUGGGUGUAGUUCAAUGCUUAGUCAGCAUCAAAGUAUUCAUUCUGGAGAGAAGCCCUAUGAAUGUGAGGAAUGUGGGAAGGCCUUCAAGCGUUUCUCCAACCUAGUUGGUCAUAGGAUUAUGCAUGCUGAUGUGAAACCAUAUGAAUGUAAUGAGUGUGGGAAAGCCUUUAAACGUCGCUCAAACCUACUGCAGCAUCAGAAAAUUCAUUCUGGUGAAAAACCCUUUCAGUGUAAGGAAUGUGGAAAGGCCUUUAUUGCUCUGGCACAGCUCACUCGUCACCAGAACAUUCAUACUGGAGAGAAGUUAUUUAAAUGUAUGGAAUGUGGGAAGGCCUUCAGACUCCCCCAACAGCUUACAAGACAUCAGAAAUCUCACAGUGGUGAGAAACCUUUCAAAUGUGAUGAAUGUGGAAAGGCUUUUCAUCUUCCGGAGCUGCUUAAGUAUCAUAAAACCAUUCAUACAGGUAUAAAACCAUUUGAAUGCAAGGAAUGUGGGAAGUCCUUCAAUCGGUUCUCCAACCUUGUUGAACAUAGGAUUAUUCAUGCUGAUGUGAAACCAUAUGAAUGUAAUGAGUGUGGGAAAGCCUUUAAACGUCGCAAAAGCUUCAUGCAACAUCAGAAAAUUCAUUCUGGUGAGAGACCCUUUCAGUGUAAGGAAUGUGGAAAAGCCUUCAUUGUUCUGGCUCAGCUCACUCGGCACCAGAACAUUCAUACUGGAGAGAAGUCAUUUGAAUGUAAGGAAUGUGGCAAGAAAUUUAGUACUGGCUCACAUCUUGUUCAGCACCAGAGUAUUCAUUCUGGUGAGAAACCCUUUGAAUGUGAUAUAUGUGGGAAGGCUUUUAGGCUUCAGGCAUGCCUUUCUGAGCAUCAGAAAACUCACAUUGAAGAGAAACCUUACAAGUGUAAGCUGUGUGGUUCAGCCUUCAGACGUAAGUACCAACUUAGUGAACAUCACAGAAUUCAUACUGAUGAGAAACCCUAUCAGUGCAAGGAAUGUGGGGAGUUAUUUCGUCGAAGGUCAAAUUUUACUGAACAUCUGAGUAUUCACAGUGGAAAGAAACCCUUUGAGUGUAAAGAAUGUGGGAAGUUGUAUAGACUUAAUAAACUUCUCAUUCGUCAUCAGAAAUCUCACAAUGGUGAGAGGCCUUUUGAAUGUAAAGACUGUGGAAAGGCUUUUCAUCUUCCCAGUGAGCUUAAUAACCAUAAAAUUGUUCAUACGAGUAAAAAACCCUUUGAAUGUGAGGUAUGUGGGAAGUCCUUCAAGCGUGAUUCUGGCCUUGUUCAACAUAGGAUUAUUCAUGCUGGUGUGAGACCAUAUGAAUGUAAAGAGUGUGGGAAAACUUUUAUUCAUCGCUCAAACCUGUUGCACCAUCACAAACUCCAUUCUAGUGACAAACCUUUUCAGUGUAAGGAAUGUGGAAAGGCCUUCGUUGUUCUGGCAUACCUCACUCGACAUCAGAGUGUUCAUACUGGAGGGAAAUCAUUUGAAUGUGAACAGUGUGGAUCAGCCUUCAGACUUAAGUCCCAACUCAAUAAUCAUCAGAGAAUUCAUACUGACGUGAAACUUUUUCAGUGCAUGGAAGGUGGAGAGGAUGUUGUUCAUGAAACAGACCUUAGAAUUCAACAGAGAAUCCAUACUGGUGAGAAUCCCUUUCAAUGUAAGGAAUAUGGAGAAGCUCUUCAAUAUCAUUACCCAUUUUCUUGGACAUUUUAGAAUUUGCUGGCAAAAAUCCUUAUGAAUGUAAAGAAUGUGGGAAAUACUUCUCUCAUGAUAAAGACCUUAAUGUAUAUCACAGAAUUCAUACUGGUUUAAA